AUGGAGAAAGAUGGGGCACCUGACAUUGUGCGCCGUGGUGUCAGGGUCAGUGUGCUGGAUUUGAGCACGGACCCCGAGUUGUCAGGAUGGAGGCCUCUUGAUGCUCGCAGGCUCGAGGAGUUAAAAGCUUCCGUCCUCGCGGGGAAGCUGAACCAGUCCAUCAUGAACAAGGGCCUCACUCUCCUCGGCGAUGGAAUGCACUUUGUCAAGGUGUUGCAACUGCUUCAUGCGGAGCUCCAAGAUGGGUCAAGGGAGGAGUCCAGCUUGGGUGGCAGGCUUCUGGAUUGCCUUCAGAAUGGUAUUUAUGUGGAUCAUGUGGUCUUCCCGGAGCAGGACAGACUUCACAGAAUUAUCUGGUACACACAUUGCCACGACGAGGAGGAGAAUAAGUUCAGGCCCAGCAGCCUCUUCGACAAGAUGUCCCUUAUCCACACAAUGAAGGCGCAGGCUGCUGGUGGAUCCUUGGACGAAGUCAAUGCGAAGUUGAUCAAAGUGCUCGGUCCAGGAUCUCGAAGCAAAGUCCAGAAGUGGACACGUUUGUUUCGCGGGCUACAUGACUCCAUCCGAGAUGCCCUGCCCCGAUAUGAACGUGUGCCGCAUGGGUAUCUAUUCGAUAACCCAUACUUUUGCGGGCAAGGUCACCAGUCAUCUUGGCGUCUGAAUGCUGACGACGGUCUCCUGGCCUUGGAUAUGGUCCUGGCCGAGACUCGACUGCAAAUUCCGUGCUAG